CCACCAGGCAAGUCGUUGGGCCUAAAGCGCUCUGACCUGGUAGCCAAACUGGGCGACUGUCUUUUUGCUUCUCGUCUCUUUGCCGGCUCCCUCCUCCUGCCCUUACUUCUUGAGAAGGCAGGCUCUCAGUGGUCAGAGGGCCGUUCUGACGCUCUAAAUCUCCUAGCGGACAGCCUCAAUGGCUUUCAGGGCGCUGCCGAGGUCUACUCGGACUUUUCUCUCAAGCCGCCGUCUACUACGGUCGCCAGUCCGCUGCCAUUUGCGCAUGUUUCCUCCUACCUCUUUGCCUUCUGCAAUCUCAUCCGCGAACUGACCGUCCAAUUGGACCCCUCCGAGCGUGGGUGCGACGCAACUCGUUUACUAGCAAUUGUUCACGGCCUCACAUGUGCCUACGUGUCACAGGUAACCAUACUGCCUAUCCUUGUGUUACCAAAUUAA